AUGAUUUAUUUAUUAUCUACCAGGGCAGUCACAUUAGUGCUCGUGAUCCUGGUGGUGUGGGCCACAGCUUUGGACCUUCAGAAGCCUUGUGACAAAACAACUGGCUGUUUCUGUACUUCUGGUCGUAAGAUGCUCCACUGCUUCUCCUUGGUGCAGAACGGACCCCGCAUUCUCUCGGUGCCAGUCACGCCAAACCAACACCAAACACUUGAUGGAUUAAGAGUUGUUAGCAUGGCGUGGGUCAUCCUUGCACACCGCUACAUGCUGUUUCUCGUCUCUGCCUCCAAUCCCAACGACAUUCUGCAACACAUGACAAACUGGCGGUACUGGUGGGUGUUCAAUGCUUACCCUUCAGUGGACACCUUCUUCUUCAUCUCUGCCUUUCUGGUCUCUGUAUACCUGAAGGAGCGACUUCACAACUUCAAUUUCACUGGAUUUUACGUACAGCGAUACUUGAGGCUUGUGCCCACAAUGCUGUAUACAGUGUGGGGGUGUGGGACAGUGCUGCGCCAUCUGGGUUCAGGCCUCGUCUGGGAUCGUACAUACCAGGAUAUGUUUGGACAACCAUGUACUUCUAGCGCGUGGUACAAUUUGCUUUUCAUCAACAACUUCAAUGACUCUGGUGACAUGUGUCUAGGACACCUCUGGUCGUUGGCAGUAGAGUGGCAGUUCUUCCUCGUGACGCCUCUGAUUCUCAUUCCUCUGUACCGCUGGCCAACUUGGCGCUUCCGUUGGCUCCCGUUGGUGGUCACUCUCAUCCUCUCAAUUGUGGUACCCGCUGCCAUCACAAUUUCCAAAGACUUGCCUCCUACAGCAUCAUUCUGGGAACACCAAUCUACGCAAAUGUAUUACAACCACAUCUACAUGGCGCCGUGGUGUCGCGCUGGGCCAUACUGUGUAGGCUUAGCAGCCGGUUGGCUAUACCACUGGAUGACAGAAAACAGCAUUACACUCAAGCCGACAUGGAUACGAGCUGGCAAAAUCAUGAGUUUUGUCGUGGUUGCUGGCGUGCUUACCGGUCCAAGUUUCCUGACAGGACAAGGGCGGUACUGGGCAGCCCUUUACUCGUCCCUCUCAAGACCCGCCUGGGGCUGCGUCAUAGCCUUCCUCGUGCUUAACACCGCCAGAGGCAAGCCAGGUGUGAUUGCGCAUUUUUUCUCCCACCCGAUGUUGGCCCCCUUAUGCAAGGUGUCUUACUGCAUGUACCUGGUUUCCCUUCCAAUGCAGACUAUGACAACUGGGAUGGCACAUAAAAACCAUUACGAUCAACUAACAGCUGUGUAUUUGGUGGUCGGCGACCUCGUGUUCAGCUACGGCGCAAGUCUUGCUCUUGCCUUGCUAGUGGAAUCCCCUUGCACGCGCCUCCUGUCGCUUCUGACGUCAGGAAAGCUCUUGCAGCGCAGCCAGCCACCGAAGCCCCAGGCCAAGACGAGUGUGAAGGAGGCGCCCAAGAGGCCUAGUAAUACCCAGGAGCUCGUAAGGGCAACACUUGCCCCGACUUUCAGCUGUGUCAGAUACAGAAAUCUGUAACUUCUCAAAACACAUUCAUAUCAUUUGUAAAUAUUUGACCUUACAUAUACUGAGCAAUUAUAUUAGUUGAUGUAUGCUCUCCCUGUACAGUAGUUUUUUUUAUUUAUUUGUACAAAUUAAUGUUGAAAUGUUUAUAAACUGUGAUGUGAUGCUUAGUCGUAGAUAAGUAUAUUUAAAUAGCGUCAAAGAUAUUUCUCUAAGAAGUAUCAUCAUGUAUAAAGUGUCAUGUGCAUUAAUUUUCAUACUCAUAAAACUCAUACUACUCAUCAACUUAUCUAAUUAUGUAUAGUGAAAAUACCUGCAUUCCCUGCACACACACACACACACACACACACACACACACACACACACACACACACACACACACACACACACACACACACUCGUACACGCAUAUAUGUGUAUACGUAUUUAGAAACUGUAUCGGUGUACUGUAUUCAUUCUCAUAAAAUUCCAUAUAUCUUGUGAUAAAAUAC